AUGAUAUCUAUAAAGGAAACGAUCUCAAGAUUAGGUAGAACUGUUAAACUGAUAGAAUCAAUACGGCAGAACCUACCCAAACAUCAACCAUCUUCAAGCACAGAAAAUCAGCAUAAUACUACUCCACAACCACCAAAAUUCAAAUAUCUAAAAUCGACUCAUAUACCCAAAAAUGAAUUUAAAAACCAUAAAUCUACUACAAAACUUUUUCAAGAAUUUUUAAAACCUUUGAAUUUGGAAAAUUUGAAAAGUUUUGACACCGACAAGAAAGACUAUGACACAUCAAAUGCAACUUCGAAUUGGCAAAAACAAAAUUCAAAAAAUUUAAAUGUUCAAGUAGAAAUAUACAUGGAGAAUAGGUUACUAUUUCAAAAACUAUUAAAAUUUCUAGUGGAAAUAACUCCUGUUCAUUUAAAGAAUAUAAACAAUGUAACAUACAAUCAACACAUUAUUAAUCAAGAACAACAGAAAAAUCUAAAACAUCAGCAAAAUACGGAUUGUUUUCAUGAAAUUCCAGCAUUACCAACUCCAUUGACUGUCGAGAAUUUUGAAUCAUACAUAUAUAAUUUGACUCAUAAAAGGUAUCACUAUUUGAACUCAUCAAGUUUAAAAUCUGGAAUUAUACCCAAAAUUCUACUAUUCACUCACAAAUUAGAUAAUGAAAAAUUCAAACCAUAUAGGUCAACUACAACUUUCAAUUAUUUAAUAAAAUACUUCGGAUAUGAUAAGAAUCAAAGUUUGUUUGCCAGAGAAUUGUUACUAGUGAUGAAUAAAGAAGGUCAUUUAAUCAACGAAGAAACAAUAAAUAACCUUUUGAAAAUUGCAUCAAAACAUUCCAAGAUAAGAUCAAAUUCAAAUAGUUUUAAACUUGUGAUGAAAUACUUAAAAUUAAGUCAACUGUUAGGAAUAGAUAUAAAUUUAGAUACAUGGACAAAAAUUUACGAUACCAUUGGGAAUUUACAUUUAAAGGAAUUGUAUUUAGAAACUAUUCAGAAUUCGAAACUACCUAUUACAAGAUCUUUAAUUAUUCGAAUAUUAGAUGAUUUUAUGAACAUUACGAAAGAUACUAGAGAAGUUAUAUUUUUCAUUGAAAAUGAUUUAAAUUAUAAAAAUUGGCAAAAUGAUGAAUUGAUUAAAAAUAAGAUAAUUUUUCACAAAGCGAAGAAUGGAGAUGUAUCAUCAGUUAUAGAGGAUGAUUAUGGCUUGAAAUUUUUUCUACAAGGUAUUAAAAACGAUGGUUCACUAAAUUUCAAAUCUGCUCCAAUGUUUCAUCAAUAUUGUAAAUACUCGAAUUCAAAUUCACCACCAAAACUACUACAAAUUUAUACCUUAUUAAUCAAACAACUACUAGAUGAAAAUAAGAACAUUAAAAUCCUCAAACAACUUUUAUUUAUAGUCCGUGGAUUGAUUCAUGAUGCAACAACCUCAUUAAAUAUACCAACGACCGUAAUACAAUAUGAAAAUGACGAUUCUGUUGCUCAGACAAUUCCUGAAAACUAUAAAAUUAUAGCAAGACAAACGAAAGAUAAAUUAAUCAAAUUACAAGCAUCAAUUGAAUAUGUCAACUCAAAAAUCACAAACUCGAAUCUAGUAGAUCCAUGGAUUCCAUUCACAUCAAAAGAACUCACAAAAUGGAAUGAACUUAAAACACAAAUGUCAUCAAAAGCAGAAGAUAUUUUUAUGAAUCAAGAUCAAGAAACCAAUAUAAAACAUACAAUACCUCAAAAGGAAUUAAAAUUAAUUGUAAAUAAGAUUAAAUCCAAAUCAAGUAUAUCUCAAAAAAGACAAAAUAUAGAAAUUUCAAAAAUUGGAAUAAAUAAAUAUGUUGAACGUAUUUUAAAUGAAUGUAGUUUGUAUAGAUAA